AUGCUGCUCCUGGGCACUCAGGUGUUUCGGGAUUAUCCGGAGGACUUCGAUACCUUCACGCUGUCGGACGUGACCCACAAGCUGCAUGUUUUCAUUUCCUACAACUGGGCGAUGCCACAGUGGCUGAAGUUUAUGGCACUGGCUUUUCACUUCAAUCACAAGGCAGCUUCUGCAGCUGCGACGGUGGCGUACAUCACCACGAUUCUGCUGGUGAUGCUGCAUGCGGAAGCCCAUGAAGACUCAGACGACCUGUUCUUCAGAAGCCAUUUGGGCACCGGCGUGUGCGUGGUGACCUAUUGGCUGUUUCUGCUUUGCUGGCACGACGUGAAAGCACUAUUCUGGAGACGUGGGAAGCGGGUUUUCCUGGACCGCUGCUGCAUCCAUCAAACAGAUGAGGAACUGAAGCAGCAGGGCAUCGAGAACUUAGAUAUCUUCCUGCAGUUGUCGGAUCAGAUGCUUGUGGUUUAUUCGGAGCUUUACACCAAGAAGCUUUGGACGAUGUAUGAGCUGGCGACGUUUCUUCCCAAACGGGGUCCCAAUCGGCUGGCGGUACUCCCGACCUUCCUGAUCCGCUGUACGAUCCUGGCUGUGCCAAUGGUUGCCUUGCACUGCAUUUGGGUGCAGAUGCUGCUGGUGGAUGAUGUCCAGCAGCCGGUAGAAGAUCUUUUGCUGGACUCCAGGCUAGCCAUCCUGCUACUGGAUUUACCACUAUUGCUGGUGGUCACCUGGGCCUUUCGUAGGUGGGCCAAGGAGGAGAAGCAGAUGCGUGAGAACGUGCGCACGUUCCAUUACGGUGAUUCGCAUUGCCUGAAGGAGGCGGAUCGCAGCAUGGUGUACAGCAACAUAGCCAGGUACAUGCGGGAGACGAAGGCAGUUUCGGCCGAGGCACCCGACGAGGACGCCCUGGUCGCAUUCAACGAGCUCGUAAGGACGGAGGUCCCCAUCGCUGUGACGAAGUCUCUCGGAGGCUGGGGAAUUCCCCUGCGCUACCUCUUCGUGAUCCUUAUGCCCAUGAUGACGAACAUCGUGGACUACUUGGCGGUGGCACCGCUUCUUUACCCCGAGCCGCUGCCCAUGGCCAUGUAUGCCACAGGCUGGGAGCUGCAGCGUCUCGAAGUCUUCAGCCCCAAGGAAACUCCCGGAAAGCUAAAGAAGCCAGAAGCAGAAAUUUCACGGCAG